UUUGCUUGAUUUGUAUUUUUCUUUAAAAAAGCAUGUAGCAUGAUUGACGAAGUUUCUGAAGAACCAUCAAUUAUUAAAGUUCCACUUUAUUGUUAUCAUACUAAAUUUUUCCUGGUCGAAGAGCUUGCAUUAGAAGAAAAUUAUCACCAAUUGCAUUACGGAAGAUGUUGUGUUAUUGGAAAAGUAACAAUAGAUCAAACAGAUUCCAGCAACCGUUUUAUCGAGAACAUCCGUUUGCCUAGUUUACCUAAAAAAUAUUCCCUUCCCGAAGGAACUAUACGUUUAUCAACAUCAUUUAAGGACCGUCGCUCAACUCCUGAUGGUAAAAUAUGCGAAGUAAUCGGCGAUUGUAUUUUGUACGAUACAAUCAAUAAGGUCCAUCUUACGGCUAAGGACGUUGUGGACAAACUUAACUAUUUACAUUCAAAACACCAAAGCGUACUUGAGUAUUCUAACCUUCUUCUAAGCAGAUACAAGCCGGCAAUUGCAGUUGAUGACAUUCAAGUAUUACAGCGGGGACAUGAAUUAGCCGAGCGAAAUAUUGAAAUAAGAAUGCUCUCAAAUGAUAAUUAUUAA